UGUUGCUGGGCGGAGGCCUUGGACCAUACAGCCGCCAAAUGCUCGAAAAUACCAGCACCACGAGUUCCAGGUGCCAAGGUCCUCUCCAUCUCCUCUGCAUUGAGGCUCAACUACACCCAGCCUCAAUCAAGUCCGAUUCUCGAUCACACCAUCGAUAAUAUUAAUGUGUGUGAAGUAAACGUCACUCUACGUCACACGGGCGCAAACGAUACUGUGUCAGUACAGACUUGGCUUCCGAUAAACCAAUGGAACAAACGAUUCGUCGCAGUCGGAGGAGGUGCAUGGGCUGCGGGUACGGGCAUCGUGAGCUUGGCAGAGCCUGCGUCGCAGGGUUACGCGGCAUCCUCGACCGAUGGCGGCCUUAUCGGAUCACCUUACAGCCCGGAGACUUGGGCAUUGAACGCAGACGGUAGCGUGAACAUGGAUCUCCUGACCAACUUUGCUUCGAGAUCCAUCCACGACAUGGCUAUCGUUGGAAAGGCAGUGACCGCUUCCUUUUACUCGCAUGAGGCACGAUACUCGUACUGGAACGGCUGCUCGACUGGCGGUAGACAGGGCAUGGUCGCCGCACAAAAGUAUCCCAAGGACUUUGACGGCGUUCUGGCCGGCUCCCCUGCGAUAUACUGGACCGAGUACGUCAUUGCAGAGCUCUGGCCUCAGGUGGUCAUGAAGGCAGAGGGAUACUACCCGACUCAAUGCGAAUACGAGGCGGUUGUCCAGGCCGGCAUCGCGGCAUGCGACAGCCUCGACAAAGUUAAGGACGGUGUUAUCACUCAGCCAUCGCAUUGCAAGUUCGACCCUUUCACCGCUGUGGGCACCAAGCACCAAUGCCCCAGCCUGAAGGAGGAGGUUGUGAUUAACGAGAAGGUUGCCUCCAUCGUUGCCAAAAUUUGGGAUGGACCAAGGGACCGGCACGGCAAGAGUCUCUGGUACGGCCUCGAAAUUGGUGCGAAUCUUUGGGGCCUUGCGGAAACGGCAGAGUCAAAUGGAACUCGCAUUGGCAAGCCCGUUUUCGUGGCUGACGGUUGGACCCGAUUCUUCGUCAAAAGGGAUCCCAAGUUCGACACAGCCUCAGUGGACAUCGAUACUCUUGUGCAGCUUUUCCAGGAAUCGAGGGAAACCUUCGAUGAAAUCAUUGGCUCUGCAAACCCUGACUUGUCACGGUUCAAGAAAUCUGGUGGCAAGCUUCUGAUGUGGCAUGGCUUGGCCGACCAGCUCAUCUUCCCCCAGGGUAGCGUGCGCUAUUACGAGGAAGUCAAGCGUGUCUUGGGAGGUUCCAAGGCAACAUUGGACUUCUUCCGGCUCUUCUUAGCGCCGGGAGUCGAUCAUUGCGGAUAUGGCCCCACCCCUGGGGCCGUGCCGUCUCCUUUUACUGAUCUCGUGUCUUGGGUUGAGACAGGGCGAGCGCCGGAGAAGAUUGAAGCGAAGACUCUUCCCACGUCUCCUGCGCAGUUUACACGGAAGAUUUGCCGAUAUCCGCUGGUCGCCAAGUACCAAGGCUGGGGAGACAAGGCGUCUUCUCACAGCUAUACGUGCAUGAGAGACUGCUAA